AUGAACUUCAAGACUCUCGCCUCGCUCGUCCUCCUGGCCUGCGCCACAAACGUCGCCGCCGACCCCCAGCCUUACAAGCUGGUCAAGGCCCCCGUCGAGGGCCUCAGUCUCGCGCGUCGCUCUACUCCCGGGUAUCAGCCUGAGCAGUCUACCUGCGGCGACGGCAGCACCUGCGCCGAAGCUUGCGGCCAGGGCUACGAGACGUGCCCUUCCAACGACGAUUCCACUCACUGCUACAACCCCCUGGUCAAGCAGAAGUGCUGCUCUGAUGGCACUGGAAACUCUUGCGAUGAUGGCUACUACUGCACUCAUGACACCAAGUCUCAGACCUGGUGCUGCCCUGACUCGAUGGACUUGGUUCAGUGUGCGGCUGCGUACGGCGUCAAGGACGGCCUUGAGACCGACUCGCCUUUGACCACUUCCAAGCCUGCCACCACCACUUCUGAGCUCAAGACCAUCUCCACCACCGUUCUCAUCACGAGCACCUCUCUUCCCACCCCUGAGACCACCUCUACCACCAUCGCUGUUCCCACGACCAAGGCUGUCACUGCUAAGACCAAGACUGAGGUCGUUGAGAAGACCACCACCCCCUGCCCCAGCUCUGGUUACAGCACUGCCUGGCGUGGUUCCAACAGCACCAUCGCCAGCGCCGUCCCGACUCAGCCCUCCGAGACUGGCCCUGCUCCUAUCGAGACCACGGCAAUCAGUGAGCCUCCUCAGGCCACCGGUGGUGCCGCCACCACUGGUGUGAGCGCUCUGCUCCUUGUCGCUGCUGGUGUCUUCGCCCUCCUCUAA